AUGAACUAUCUCCGUCUCAAAGCCCAGCUGUUAGAUGGAAGCGCUAGAAUACUGCAAGCAGAACUAGUCAAAGGUCCACCAGGUACACCAUGCGCACAAAAAACUGACCUGGGAUGGAUUCUUUUUGGAGAGAGUGAUAGCACAUCACAAGAAGAUUCUUACCUCGUCAUGCACCAUCAGGUCGAUAUAGAAGACACACUGAAGUCUCUAUGGGAAAUAGAAACAGACACUAAGAGAAAACAUACCAAGGAAGAACAGCUAUGUGAAGAAAUCUAUGAAAAAACAGUCACUCGAAACCAAGAAGGAAGAUACAUUGUGAAGCUGCCAUUUAAGAUUGAGAAUCCAAAGGUACUUGAUGGAAAUACAAAAGAGAUAGCUACAAAGAGGUUCCAGCAACUAGAAAGAAGAUUUAAGCGUUCGCCGAACCUGAAAACAGAAUACAUAAAGGGUAUUAACAAUUACCUUGAAGAAGGACAUCUAGAAGAAGUACCUGAAAAGGAAAAAGAAGAUAAAUCGGUAUACCUACCACACCACGCUGUAAUUCGCGACGACAAAGAAACCACGCGCACGCGCAUUGUUUUCGACGCGUCCUGCAAAGGAUCAAACAACUAUCGAUGA